UAAAACAUGCAGGAKAGCGCCCWGUGCGGGUGGUGUKGCUGAUGACCGAGUGUCCGUGAACGCCUCACUCUGACGCGUCUGUCCCUUUAAUAAAAAGUUCAGCGUCCAAGAAAGUGUCCGAGGCUCCAACAUGGAUGUGAAGGAGCUGGCUGUGAACGCGUUGGCCCAGAAUAAAAAAGCGGCCCUUCUGAUCGGCGCAGCCGGAGCCGCACUUCUGGGAUUUGGACUUGGAUAUAAAUACAUGCGGAAGCCAGAAAAAGCCGUCCGUGUGGGCGUCGUGUCGCAGCUCCUCAUUCACCCUCUCAAGUCUGGGAAAGCGGUGUCUGUGUGUGUCGCAGAAUGCCAGAAACUGGGGCUGAAGUCUGGAGAGUUGGAGGAUCGACACUGGUUGGUGGUGACUGAAGAAGGCAACAUGGUGACAGCCAGGCAGGAGUCUCGUCUGGUGCUGGUGUCUCUGACCUUCGAGGGAGGUCGUGCUGUUCUGAAUGGACCAGACAUGGAGGAGCUGAAGUUCCCCAUCAGUCAGCCCGACAACCCCGUUGUCAACUGCAGGAUUCUUGGGAAGAGCUCCAGAUCGGCAGCGUGAGGCUGCAGCGUGUGAUGUCGUGUGGAAGAUGUAUUUUAACCACAGUUGACCCAGAGACGGGCACAAUCACCAGGAAAGAACCUUUGGACACACUGAAAAGCUAUCGACUGUGCAAACCAUCUGAGAAGCACAUCUACAAAGCGGCUCCGUUGUUUGGGCAGCUGCACACCGUGAAGAAGACGGGGAUCCUGCAUGUGGGAGACGAGGUUUACAAGAUCACCCGCUGAUGAGGAGGGGCGCAGAUGAGAGGAAGUUUGGAUCAAACUGAAGGGAGAAGGCACACUUCACUAAUUCAUACAAAAUAACUACUUUUUAAUACAUGAAUCAAAGAUCAGAGCAAAGUGGAGCUACAGUUCAAACUAAACUGUUCAGUUGAUCAAAGACUAGAUGCAGUUUUUCAGAGCAGAUGAAAGAUUUUAUCAUGAUUUAGUUUUGUACUUUAAGAAAUAUUUCUCCACUCAGUUGCAUUAAUCACUCUGCACUAAUGAAACAUGAAUUAAAUGCAUUUGUAAAAUC